AUGGAAUCACCCGUGGUUCCCAUGUCUCGAAUGCGAUUGACAAAGGAUUAUACGUUGACCGACGAUGACGAUGACGAUGCUCCUCCCCCCAUCAAGCGAUAUCGCGAAGGGAAACCCCAGGGACUGCCCAUGGGCUACGACACUGAUGCCAUCUACAACAGUCCUCCACGUAUCAAUGGUCAUCGAGUGAGGUCAGAUUCCCGCGAGGGCGCUCGUUCCUCUGCUUUGCGUGCUCGGGGGCCUGAGCGUUCUCUAAGUCAAACCAGCGACAACAUGGCGAACAACAAGCCAUAUCAGGAUCACUCUUCCGAACAUCAAUAUACGGCCCAGGAGCAGGAUGAAUUGCGUAAGCUUGACUUCAACCUGGAGCCUAUCGAUGAGCGGUACAACGUGCGACAAGAUGAGCGCCACAAUGAUGCCGCUUCUGUCACAUCGUCGCACAUGACCGACACACGCUCCGCAGCACCGUCCGGUUCGUCAGUAUCACGACUGCCAGACUUCUUCAGCGAUGAAGUCCUCCAGAUUGUGUUACACAAUCCUAUCACAUCACGCCAGCUUCUGAAAUUCUCUCGCAAGCGACUUUGUGCCGAGAACAUGGAAUUUCUCUCUGCCGUGGACCGCUAUCAGUCGCUGCUCAAUGACGUUGCUAAAACGCUGUUUGAUGUCCAUAAGUCGUUUCUCAGUCCACAGGCGCCGUCCCAGAUCAACAUCCCGGAGCACAUCAUGAACAAGGUGAACAAGGACCUGAAGACAAGCCUGAGCACCACCCUUCCUAAGCUCGAAACCGUCUUCACAGAUUCACAAAACGAUGUGGAGACUCUAGUCGCGACCGACAUCUACCCACGCUUCGUACGCCACCAGAUGACCAUGUCUGCCACGAGAGCCUUAGCAGGAGACAAGGCCAAGUAUGCCGGACUCGGCGACUGUUUCGUGCUCACGGAUCCUUCCAAGGCCGACAACCCAAUCACUUUUGCCUCAGACGGCUUCGUCUCAGUCACGGGCUACACAAGGAACGAGAUCAUUCCGCGCAACUGUCGCUUCUUGCAAGGCAAACACACGGACAGGAAAGCCGUGCGACGUCUCGGGGACGCCAUUGACGCUCGUGAGGAGUCUGUCGAGCUGCUACUCAACGAGCGCAAAAACGGAGAGCCAUUCUGGAACCUGCUUUACGUCACGCCGCUGAGAGAUGCACGCGGUAAUGUUGUCUUCUUCUUGGGCGGUCAGAUCAAUUGCAGCACCACCAUCCACAGCCAGAACGAUAUCUUGCGCAUCUUGGCCCUUAAUGAGGACGUGGAAGAAGACACUGCGCCGCGCGCACCUGCCCAAGAAAAACCGAAUUCUCGGUAUAGUCGCUUCUUCCCAAGCUUCAAAGGGAGUAGGUCGAAUGGUGUUGUUGCAAAGCCUUCUCCAGGCAUGGAGGACGGCCUCCUUGGCAAGAUUGAGAAGUUGAAUCUGCGCGAACAGAUGGACAGCUUCUACACGGCAUAUUCAAAAUUCCUCGUCGUCAACGCAGCGACAUCUGUAAUCGCAUUCCACUCCGCCGGCAUCUCCUCCCUGCUCUGGCUGCCCGGCACCACCGCCACUUACCAACCCAGCCAGCCGGUACCCGUCGGCCAGAAUGUCUUCAAUUUCCUCGGCGUGCAUGCUCCCGGCGGAUCGUUGCCCUCCGGUUUCAAAAGCAAGGCCAAGGCUGCCUUCAAGGAGGGGAAGGCGGUCAGUCUAGAAACGCAGCUCUGCACUACGCGUCACAGAGGCUUUGAGCGGUUCGUGGUGCAUUUCACGCCGCUCAAGGGCGGCAAUAUCGACGGCAAAGAAGAGGUGGGGUGGGUCGUGAUCUCGUUUGGAGGGGGAGGGGACUGA